AUGUGGUGGCCGAUUCGCGAGCGGCACGACCAGCCAAAUUUUUCGCAGAGAAAACUCAUACCACCUGAGAACAAGGCCGAGGUUUGUCAUGUUUCGUCACCAAUCACGAGUGUCACGACGCAAUACAGUCCGUCACAAGACCAAUCGAAGGACGAAGUUGAAUUCGCUACCGUGGAUCGCAAGCAUCGCAAGGCUUUUGUGACAAAGGUGUACAUAGCUUUAACGGUUCAACUGAUGGUGGUUUUGGCCUCAAUUACGUUAUUUUCCUUCCACCAUCCCACACAACGCUGGAUACAAAACAAAACUUACAUACUGUACAUAUCUCUAGCUGUAGCGUGCUUGAGUAUAGUCCUACUGGCGUUAUUUCUGGACUUUCGACGAAAGUUGCCAUGGAACUACAUGUUACUUGGCGCUUACACCUUGGCAGAGGGAGUUAUUCUGGGAAUGUUGGCUAGCUCCUACGCACGUAAUGUCGUUCUUAUGGCAGUUGCUAUUACGACAGUCACAAGUCUGGUUAUAACUGUGUUUGCUCUGAACACCAAAUAUGACUUCACCACGUGGGGAGGAUUUUUGAUAUGCUUCUCAACACCCAUCUUAGUUCUUGGUAUCAUCUGUGUCUUCAUUCGCAACAACAUAAUCGACUACGUCUACUCUGCCGUCACAUGCAUCGCUUUCUGCAUGUACUUGGUAUACGACACCCAACUUAUGAUACUAGGCAAGCAUAGGUACACUGUAGGUCCUGACGAUUAUGUGUUCGCGACGCUCAACUUGUAUGUGGAUACUAUUAAUACGUUCAUGAUUGUGUUGGAUUUGUUGUUUAAAUCGAAGAAGGAAUGAGACAGAAUCAUUAGAUUAAGCUGUUGUAUAAGUGAGAUAGAUAUAAGAAUUACUGAUGCCUCGAAUACUAGAGCAGAAAUUCUAUGGGUUGCUCAUAGUUAUAUGAGCUGGGAAAUAUAGACAUCGGCAAGGAAUUCAACACCUUGGAAAAGAAAAGAUACAAAUGUACAGACGUUUUGAGAAUAUGUCAUAAAAUAACAGUG